UUGCAAUCUUGGAUCAUGUUCGGUUCCCGUGGCAUGUCGCGUCAUGCGGAUGUGCUCGAGCGGGCGGUCCCGACGGCGCCCGAGGAGCUCGGUCGCCUCGUCGAGGAAAUCAAGCGUCGCGGCAACCAAGCCUUCUCGGCCAACAUCCUCGAAGAAGCCGAGAUCCUCUACUCGCAUGCGAUCGAGAUUGCGCUCCCGACGAUGGGCGUUCACAUCUUGCACAGCAACCGCAGUGCGACGCGCCUCAAGAUGGGCAAGUUUGAUCUCGCUCUUGAGGACGCCGAGGCCGCGACGACGAUCGAUGCUUCGUUUGCCAAGGGCUACUUCCGCAAGGGCCAAGCCCUCAUGAAGCUCAAGCAGUUCGACGCCGCGAUCGACGCGCUCACGACCGCAGACAACCUCGAGGCCAACAACGCAAGCGUCAAGAAGGCGCUGCAGGAAGCCAUCGCUCUCAAGGCGGCGGCUGGCACGGCCGCCCCGACGACCCCGCUCUCCCCCAAGAAGAAGACGGUCUACAACAGCACGACGACGACGGCGACGACCAAGCCCGCGUCCGCGAAAACCGUGACCAAGAGCGAAAAGGUCAUUGAUGACGACGACGAGGUCGACGUCAAGGGCGUGCGCGGCUAUAAGAAGUUGGCGGACGGCCGUGUCACGACCUUCUUCAACAACGAGCUCUCGGAGGCGGACAAGGCGCUCAUCGGUGACAUUGCGCCGCAAAAGAUCCAGGACGUCAAGGCCGUCACCAUCGCAGCCGUUGAAGGCGGGUCGGCGUGGAACCAAGGCAACACGUUCGAGGAGCGCGAUAUGACCAAGUUUGCCCACGACCGUGUCUCGGAGCUCGUGCGCGCGACGGUCCCGCAGCCGUGCACGCUUGCCGGCGCGCCUGGUCUCGUCGUCGUCAAGGACAUCAAGGACAUGUCGGGCGAAGCGUCGAUCGCCGUCGUGCGCGGUGCGAAGCGGUACAUUUUCGACCUCCUCUUCACGGUCGAAUGCGAAUGGAAGGCGACGAACGGUACUGAGACGAUCAAGGGCCAGCUCAAGUUUGUCGACAUGAGUUCCGACUGCGGCGGCGACUACGACGUCGAAGUCGUCGUCGCCGAGCGCUACACGCACCCCAAGGGCAAGGAGCUCCACCAAGCGCUCUCGACGAAGGCGUCCUCCGGUCUCCAGGCCGCGCUCUUCCAGCAGCUCAACAUCUUUGUGAAAGAGUACCAAUCGAAUUAAGCCGUCCUCAAUAGUAUUGCUGAGUGCACCUCGUCUUAGCUCAUGAGGUGGCGCCAUUGAAAGCUCA